CAGAACAUUUGAUGCCAGAAAGCCGAAACUAGAUUCUGUUUAAAUAUUAUAAUAUACAUCCUAAAAUGAACGAUAAAAGUCAGAGUGAGCAAGCUCUUAAACUGUUUGGAAAUCAACUGCAAUGUGUUAUAUGUUUGAAAUUACCAACAAACGCGCAUAUAUGUUCGUUCUGUUCAGCCCUCUACUGCAACAACUGUAUCUGGCAUUGGAUUUCCAGGGUGCAAGAUUCCGACAGCGAAAGUGAUAUUGAAAAUUAUUCUUGUUGCCCACAUUGUCGAAAAACCCUAAGGGCUAGGAAUUUGAUUAAACUACGUUUUUUCGACCGUAUUCAGCAUUUGGGACCAAAACUGGAGCAAGCUCUCAAUGCUGAAAAUACUGCCACAGAAUCUAAACCGCAAAGUUUAGAUAUACCCCCGGUAAGCGUUGGUCAUUUUACACUAAGAAAUUUUACACCGAAGAAAGGACCCCGUACAAUAUUUUCUCCAAAACUAGUUGACGAUCUAGGUACGGUAUGGCAACUGGAAGUAUGGCCUCGAGGUUGUCAAACGCAAAACCGAUGGAUCAGCGCAUUUGUUCGCAUGGUUAAAGGAUUAGAGGGGAAAUAUCAAUGUGUGAUUGAAUUGUUGAAUGGGCAUCCUACACUGGCAAAAUUUACGUCUGCAAAUUUCGUGCCACGUGAGGCUUUUGGCACGAGACAAUUUGUCGAUGGACAGUUAAUAACUGGAGCGGAAAAUCCAAUUGACCUGGAAUUUCGGUUUUCGGUUCGACCCGUAUCGUUUGAAGAGAAGAAUUCACUCCAACAAAAAUUACUGGCCAAAUUGAAAGCACAUGACGAUCGGUUUAAAGGACGCUCCGCUACCUACAGCUAUCAGAUAAAUGACUUCUCUUAUCUGAAUCACAAUUCUGACGUAGAACACAUCUUCGGUGAUGAUCUAAACAAUCAUUGGAAAGUGGGAAUUAAUACCGCAAAAUUGAAAAAAACUUUAGAAUUUAAAAUCGCACUGGUAAAAGGAUUUCCUGGCUUCUAUGACGUGCAACUGGAAUUGACACACGAUGAGAUCGGCUGUGCCAAAGUGCUAUCGUUUAAGCAUACAUUCAGUUUGACUUCUGUAGCUUAUUUUAAUAUGCAGAUCCGAUAUAAUCAAUUGGAAGAAUUUGGUUUUACCCAUUUUGACGAUGAUUAUCUAGAGGUGCUUGUUACAACGUGUCCAAUACAUGUGAACCUUUGCAGCUUUCAAAAUUACUUAAAAAAUAAGACGCUUGAUGAGGCUGGCCCAGGGCCCGCAGAUACCGUGUACUUUUAUUAGAAACCGAUUGUAUAUAU